CACAGUACACAGGAACAGCACUGUCUCGUUCUCCUGUGUCAUCUGCGACUGAUAUAACAUCACCAGAAUCCCAGUACACAGAAUCACCACUCUCUACUUCUCCUGUGUCAUCUGCGACUGAUAUCACAUCUCCAGAAUCACAGUACACAGGAUCACCUCUGUAUAGUUCUCCUGUGUCAUAUGUGACUGAUAUCACAUCUGCAGAAUCACAGUACACAGGAUCACCACUGUCUAGUUCACCUGUACCAACCGUGACUGAUCUCACAUCACCGGUGUCCCAGCAGACAGAGACAAUGACUGCAAGUGUUCCUGUACCAACUGUGACAGGUGCUUCUGACGCGACUGUGCUAACAUCACCUAUGAGCCCCAUGUCCACAUCUGCAGUGUCACAGCAAACAACAUAUGAGACAUCGUCUGUUUCUGUGUCACCAAGUGAUUCUACUUCUACCGAGGUAUAUUCAUCUCAAACAGCCGUGACAUCUGACAUAUCUGAUCAAACAUCUCCAGAAUCACAGUACACAGGAUCACCACUGUCUAGUUCGGCUGUAUCAUCUGUGACUGAUAUAACAUCUCCAGAAUCACAGUACACAGGAUCACCUCUGUCUAGUUCUUCUGUGUCAUCUGCGACUGAUAUCACAUCUCCAGAAUCACAGUACACAGGAUCACCUCUGUCUAGUUCUCCUGUGUCAUCUGUGACUGAUAUCACAUCUCCAGAAUCAAUACAAACAGAUCUAACAUCUCAAGAAAUAACAUCUUCUUUCACAUCAUCAAGAGGUCCAUUGGUAACAAGUGCCCGAUCGGCUUUUUCACUAUCAUCAAUCGCAGUGAGUUCUAUAUCAUCUAUAUCGGCUUCAUCACCAGAAUCCAUGGCUUCUACAUCUGCUGCUUCACACGUAACAUCCAGUUUUACAUCUGAGCAGUCAAGCCACCUCACGCGCUCAGAGGAAGCAACUCCCUCUGAUUCUCUUGCAUCAACAUCUCCGAAAUUUCAAGAAACAACAUCAUCGUUGGCAUCAUUAGCAUCGCCUGGUGCGGCUUCCUCAACGCCGUCGCAGGCCGUCACGUCUCCAGCUUCACAGCCGACCGCGACUUUCUGGUCCAUCGCCGCGGUAACGACCGUCGCCCUGACCACAGCCACCGAAUCUCGGGCCCCCGAGGCCCCGGCGACGCUGAACGAGACGAUGGUCGCCAUGGCGGCCCCCGAUCCUCGCUUAUCCGAGUCUCCCGACGAGCAGACAUUCAGCCUCAGGUUCAAAGUUCUCAACAAGGAGUUUGUCCCGGAGCUUCGCGAUCGGAGCUCGGACGAGUUCCAACAACUGUCGACUGAUUUGAAUAAGGAGGUGAAAUCCAUUUUCAAGAGUGGGCCACUUUCGAAGCAUUUUCGACGGAGCAAAAUACAUUCGUUCAGCAAAGGUUCGGUGAACUGCGGCGGAACUCUGAAGUUUAAUAAGCCAAAAGACAGGGAGAUACUGGCAGAAGAUGUUCACGAGCAGUUCGUCGGCGGAACGACUGGAGGCAAUGCCUUAGGACCAUUUGCCCUUGCGUGUGGCAGCAGUUCGGUAGAUGACGUACAUCAGGAUGCCAAAGAUUGUACGUUCACAACUCUUUACACGACCGUGGCCACGCUCCCAGGAAAGACAUCUAAAUCUGACCAAACCGAUGCAUCAACGCUAGCAGAAACAUCAAGUGCACCUGUGACGGCUGAGACGGCUGCCGCAACGAUGAUCCCACCGACUGUGUCCUCAGGGCAAGCGUCGUCUGUCAGCGUGCUAUCUACAUCGCCUCUUUCACUUCGGACGAGUCCCUUCUCCACAUCUCUUGCCGUCACGUCUCCAGCUUCACAGCUGACCGCGACAUUCUCGUCCAUCGCCGCUGUAACGACCAUCGCCCUGACCACAGCCGCCGAGUCUCGGGCCCCAGAGGCCCCGGCGACGCUGAACGAGACGAUGGUCGCCAUGGCGGCCCCCGAUCCACGCUUAUCCGACUCCCCCGAUGAGCAGACGUUCAGCCUCAGGUUCAAAGUUCUCAACAAGGAGUUUGUCCCGGAGCUUCGCGAUCGGAGCUCGGACGAGUUCCAACAACUGUCGACUGAUUUGAAUAAGGAGGUGAAAUCCAUUUUCAAGAGUGGGCCCCUUUCGAAGCAUUUUCGACGGAGCAAAAUACAUUCGUUCAGCAAAGGUUCGGUGAACUGCGGUGGAACUCUGAAGUUUAAUAAGCCAAAAGACAUGGAGAUACUGGCAGAAGAUGUUCACGAGCAGUUCGUCGGCGGAACGACUGGAGGCAAUGCCUUAGGACCAUUUGCCCUUGCGUGUGGCAGCAGUUCGGUAGAUGACGUACAUCAGGAUGCCAAAGAUUGUACGUUCACAACUCUUUACACGACCGUGGCCACGCUCCCAGGAAAGACAUCUAAAUCUGACCAAACCGAUGCAUCAACGCUAGCAGAACCAUCAAGUGCACCUGUGACGGCUGAGACGGCUACCUCUACAAUGAUCCCACCGAAUGUGUCCUCAGGGCAAUCGUCGUCUGUCAGCGCGCUAUCUACAUCGCCUCUUUCACUUCGGACGAGUCCCUUCUCAACAUCUCUUGUGUCUCCAAGUGACUCUGCUUCUACUGACCUAUAUUCAGAUCAAACAUCUGACUCAUCUGAACAAACAUCAGAACCAACUUCACCAGAAUCAUGGCAAACAACACUGUCAUCAUCAUCAUCAUCUACAGCAAGUGGUCCAUCAUCACCUCGGGUUUCUUCUGUAUCAUCCGUAUCUUCUUCUGUGGCUUCUGCAUCUGCUCUGUCUCUUGGAACAAGUCAACCUCUUGUGUCAUCUGUUUCUCCACAAUCACAGUACACAGGAUCACCACUGUCUAGUUCUCCUGUGUCAUCAGUGACUGAUAUCACAUCUCCAGAAUCACAGUACACAGGAUCAGCACUGUCUAGUUCACCUGUACCAACCGUGACUGAUCUCACAUCACCGGUGUCCCAGAAGACAGAGACAAUGACUGCAAGUGUUCCUGUACCAACUGUGACGGUUGCUUCUGACAUGACUGUGCUAACAUCACCUAUGAGCCCCAUGUCCACAUCUGCAGUGUCACAGCAAACAACAUCUGAGACAUCGUCUGUUUCUGUGUCACAAAGCGAUGCUGCUUCUACCGAGCUAUAUUCAUCUCAAACAGCCAUGACAUCUGACAUAUCUGAUCAAACAUCUCCAGAAUCACAGUAUACAGGAUCACCACUCUCUAGUUCUCCUGUGUCAUCUAUCACUGAUAUCACAUCUCCAGAAUCACAGGACACAGGAUCACCUGUGUCUAGUUCUUCUGUGACAUCUGUGACUGAUAUCACAUCUCCAGAAUCACAGUACACAGGAUCACCGCUGUCUGAUUCUCCUGUACCAGAUGUGGCAGCUGCUUCGACUGUACUAACAUCAUCACCUCUGAGUCUCUUCUCCACAUCUCAUGUGUCACAACAAACAACCUCUGAGGCAUCAUCUGUUUCUGUGUCCCCAAGUGACUCUGCUUCUACUGAGCUAUAUUCAGAUCAAACAUCUGACUCAUCUGAACAAACAUCAGAACUAACUUCACCAGAAUCAUGGCAAACAACACUGUCAUCAUCAUCAUCAUCUACACCAAGUGGCCCAUCAUCACCUGGGGGUUCUUCUGUAUCAUCCGUAUCUUCUUCUGUGGCUUCUGCAUCUGCUCUUUCUCUUGAAACAAGUCAACCUCUUGUGCCAUCUGAUUCUCCAGAAUCACAGUACACAGGAUCAACACUCUCUAGUUCUUCUGUGUCAUCUUUCACUGAUAUCACAUCUCCAGAAUCACAGUACACAGGAUCACCACUGUCUAGUUUACCUGUACCAACCGUGUCUGAUCUCACAUCACCGGUGUCUCAGAAGACAGAGACAAUGACUGCAAGUGUUCCUGUACCAACUGUGACGGCUGGGUCUGACGCGACUGUGCUAACAUCACCUAUGAGCCCCAUGUCCACAUCUGCAGUGUCACAGCAAACAACAUCUGAGACAUCGUCUGUUUCUGUGUCACAAAGCGAUGCUGCUUCUACCGAGCUAUAUUCAUCUCAAACAGCCGUGACAUCUGACAUAUCUGAUCAAACAUCUCCAGAAUCACAGUAUACAGGAUCACCACUCUCUAGUUCUCCUGUGUCAUCUGUCACUGAUAUCACAUCUCCAGAAUCACAGUUCACAGGAUCAGCACUGUCUAGUUCUUCUCGGUCAUCUGCGACUGAUUUCACAUCUCCAGAAUCACAGUACACAGGAUCACCUCUGUCUAGUUCUCCUGUGUCAUCUAUCACUGAUAUCACAUCCCCAGAAUCACAGUAUACAGGAUCACCAGUGUCUAGUUCUCCUGCGUCAUCUGUCACUGAUAUCACAUCUUCAGAAUCACAGUACACAGGAUCACCUCUGUCUAGUUCUUUUGUGUCAUCUGUGACUGACAUCACAUCUUCAGAAUUACAGUACACAGAAUCACCAUUGUCUAGUUCUCCUGUGUCAUCUGUGACUGACAUCACAUCUCCAGAAUCACAGUACACAGCAUCACCAAUGUCUAGUUCUCCUGUGUCAUCUAUGACUGAUAUCACAUCUCCAGAAUCACAGUUCACAGGAUCACCUCUGUCUAGUUCUUCUGUGACAUCUGUGACUGAUAUCACAUCUCCAGAAUCACAGUACACAGAAUCACCAGUGUCUAGUUCUCCUGUGUCAUCUGUCACUGAUAUCACAUCUCCAGAAUCACAGUUCACAGGAUCACCAGUGUCUAGUUCUUCUGUGACAUCUGCGACUGAUAUCACAUCUCCAGAAUCACAGUACACAGGAUCACCUCUGUCUAGUUCUCCUGUGUCAUCUGCCACUGAUAUCACAUCUCCAGAAUCACAGCACACAGGAUCACCACUGUCUGAUUCUCCUGUACCAGAUGUGUCAGCUGCUUCGACUGUACUAACAUCAUCAUCUCUGAGUCUCUUCUCCACAUCUCCUGUGUCACAACAAACAACCUCUGAGGCAUCAUCUGUUUCUGUGUCCCCAAGAGACUCUGCUUCUACUGAGCUAUAUUCAGAUCAAACAUCUGACUCAUCUGAACAAACAUCAGAACCAACUUCACCAGAAUCAUGGCAAACAGCACUCUCAUCAUCAUCAUCAUCUACACCAAGUGGCCCAUCACCUGGGGGUUCUUCUGUAUCAUCCGUAUCUUUUUCUGUGGCAUCUGCGUUUGCUCUUUCUCUUGAAACAAGUCAACCUCUUGUGUCAUCUGUUUCCUCUAUCACAUCUCCAGAAUCACAAUACACAGGAUCACCUCUGUCUAGUUCUGCUGUGUCAUCUGUGACUGAUAUCACAUCUCCAGAAUCACAGUUCACAGGAUCACCUCUGUCUAGUUCUUCUGUGACAUCUGUGACUGAUAUCACAUCUCCAGAAUCACAGUACACAGAAUCACCAGUGUCUAGUUCUCCUGUGUCAUCUGUCACUGAUAUCACAUCUCCAGAAUCACAGUACACAGGAUCACCGCUGUCUGAUUCUCCUGUACCAGAUGUGGCAGCUCCUUCGACUGUACUAACAUCAUCACCUCUGAGUCUCUUGUCCACAUCUCCUGUGUCACAACAAACAACCUCUGAGGCAACAUCUGUUUCUGUGUCCCCAAGUGACUCUGCUUCUACUGAGCUAUAUUCAGAUCAAACAUCUGACUCAUCUCAACAAACAUCAGAACUAACUUCACUAGACUCAUGGCAAACAACACUGUCAUCAUCAUCAUCAUCUACACCAAGUGGCCCAUCAUCACCUGGGGGUUCUUCUGUAUCAUCCGUAUCUUCUUUUGUGGCUUCUGCAUCUGCUCUUUCUCUUGAAACUAGUCAACCUCUUGUGUCAUCUGAUUCUCCAGAAUCACAGUACACAGGAUCAACACUCUCUAGUUCUUCUGUGUCAUCUAUCACUGAUAUCACAUCUCCAGAAUCACAGUACACAGGAUCACCACUGUCUAGUUCACCUGUACCAACCGUGUCUGAUCUCACAUCACCGGUGUCCCAGAAGACAGAGACAAUGACUGCAAGUGUUCCUGUACCAACUGUGACGGCUGCUUCUGACGCGACUGUGCUAACAUCACAUAUGAGCCCCAUGUCCACAUCUGCAGUUUCACAGCAAACAACAUCUGAGACAUCGUCUAUUUCUGUGUCACAAAGCGAUGCUGCUUCUACCGAGCUAUAUUCAUCUCAAACAGCCGUGACAUCUGACAUAUCUGAUCAAACAUCUCCAGAAUCACAGUAUACAGGAUCACCACUCUCUAGUUCUCCUGUGUCAUCUGUCACUGAUAUCACAUCUCCAGAAUCACAGUUCACAGGAUCAGCACUGUCUAGUUCUUCUCGGUCAUCUGCGACUGAUAUCACAUCUCCAGAAUCACAGUACACAGGAUCACCUCUGUCUAGUUCUCCUGUGUCAUCUAUCACUGAUAUCACAUCCCCAGAAUCACAGUACACAGAAUCAGCACCGACUAGUUCUGCUGUAUCAUCUAUCACUGAUAUCACAUCCCCAGAAUCACAGUACACAGGAUCACCAGUGUCUAGUUCUCCUGCGUCAUCUGUCACUGAUAUCACAUCUUCAGAAUCACAGUGCACAGGAUCACCUCUGUCUAGUUCUUCUGUGUCAUCUGUGACUGACAUAAAAUCUCCAGAAUCACAGUACACAGCAUCACCAAUGUCUAGUUCUCCUGUGUCAUCUAUCACUGAUAUCACAUCUCCAGAAUCACAGUUCACAGGAUCACCUCUGUCUAGUUCUUCUGUGACAUCUGUGACUGAUAUCACAUCUCCAGAAUCACAGUACACAGAAUCACCAGUGUCUAGUUCUCCUGUGUCAUCUGUCACUGAUAUCACAUCUCCAGAAUCACAGUUCACAGGAUCACCUCUGUCUAGUUCUUCUGUGACAUCUGUGACUGAUAUCACAUCUCCAGAAUCACAGUACACAGGAUCACCAGUGUCUAGUUCUCCUGCGUCAUCUGUCACUGAUAUCACAUCUUCAGAAUCACAGUACACAGGAUCACCUCUGUCUAGUUCUUUUGUGUCAUCUGUGACUGACAUCACAUCUUCAGAAUUACAGUACACAGAAUCACCAUUGUCUAGUUCUCCUGUGUCAUCUGUGACUGACAUCACAUCUCCAGAAUCACAGUACACAGCAUCACCAAUGUCUAGUUCUCCUGUGUCAUCUAUGACUGAUAUCACAUCUCCAGAAUCACAGUUCACAGGAUCACCUCUGUCUAGUUCUUCUGUGACAUCUGUGACUGAUAUCACAUCUCCAGAAUCACAGUACACAGAAUCACCAGUGUCUAGUUCUCCUGUGUCAUCUGUCACUGAUAUCACAUCUCCAGAAUCACAGUUCACAGGAUCACCAGUGUCUAGUUCUUCUGUGACAUCUGCGACUGAUAUCACAUCUCCAGAAUCACAGUACACAGGAUCACCUCUGUCUAGUUCUCCUGUGUCAUCUGCCACUGAUAUCACAUCUCCAGAAUCACAGCACACAGGAUCACCACUGUCUGAUUCUCCUGUACCAGAUGUGUCAGCUGCUUCGACUGUACUAACAUCAUCACCUCUGAGUCUCUUCUCCACAUCUCCUGUGUCACAACAAACAACCUCUGAGGCAUCAUCUGUUUCUGUGUCCCCAAGAGACUCUGCUUCUACUGAGCUAUAUUCAGAUCAAACAUCUGACUCAUCUGAACAAACAUCAGAACCAACUUCACCAGAAUCAUGGCAAACAGCACUCUCAUCAUCAUCAUCAUCUACACCAAGUGGCCCAUCAUCACCUGGGGGUUCUUCUGUAUCAUCCGUAUCUUUUUCUGUGGCAUCUGCGUUUGCUCUUUCUCUUGAAACAAGUCAACCUCUUGUGUCAUCUGUUUCCUCUAUCACAUCUCCAGAAUCACAAUACACAGGAUCACCUCUGUCUAGUUCUGCUGUGUCAUCUGUGACUGAUAUCACAUCUCCAGAAUCACAGUUCACAGGAUCACCUCUGUCUAGUUCUUCUGUGACAUCUGUGACUGAUAUCACAUCUCCAGAAUCACAGUACACAGAAUCACCAGUGUCUAGUUCUCCUGUGUCAUCUGUCACUGAUAUCACAUCUCCAGAAUCACAGUACACAGGAUCACCGCUGUCUGAUUCUCCUGUACCAGAUGUGGCAGCUCCUUCGACUGUACUAACAUCAUCACCUCUGAGUCUCUUGUCCACAUCUCCUGUGUCACAACAAACAACCUCUGAGGCAACAUCUGUUUCUGUGUCCCCAAGUGACUCUGCUUCUACUGAGCUAUAUUCAGAUCAAACAUCUGACUCAUCUCAACAAACAUCAGAACUAACUUCACUAGACUCAUGGCAAACAACACUGUCAUCAUCAUCAUCAUCAUCUACACCAAGUGGCCCAUCAUCACCUGGGGGUUCUUCUGUAUCAUCCGUAUCUUCUUUUGUGGCUUCUGCAUCUGCUCUUUCUCUUGAAACUAGUCAACCUCUUGUGUCAUCUGAUUCUCCAGAAUCACAGUACACAGGAUCAACACUCUCUAGUUCUUCUGUGUCAUCUAUCACUGAUAUCACAUCUCCAGAAUCACAGUACACAGGAUCACCACUGUCUAGUUCACCUGUACCAACCGUGUCUGAUCUCACAUCACCGGUGUCCCAGAAGACAGAGACAAUGACUGCAAGUGUUCCUGUACCAACUGUGACGGCUGCUUCUGACGCGACUGUGCUAACAUCACCUAUGAGCCCCAUGUCCACAUCUGCAGUUUCACAGCAAACAACAUCUGAGACAUCGUCUAUUUCUGUGUCACAAAGCGAUGCUGCUUCUACCGAGCUAUAUUCAUCUCAAACAGCCGUGACAUCUGACAUAUCUGAUCAAACAUCUCCAGAAUCACAGUAUACAGGAUCACCACUCUCUAGUUCUCCUGUGUCAUCUGUCACUGAUAUCACAUCUCCAGAAUCACAGUUCACAGGAUCAGCACUGUCUAGUUCUUCUCGGUCAUCUGCGACUGAUAUCACAUCUCCAGAAUCACAGUACACAGGAUCACCUCUGUCUAGUUCUCCUGUGUCAUCUAUCACUGAUAUCACAUCCCCAGAAUCACAGUACACAGAAUCAGCACCGACUAGUUCUGCUGUAUCAUCUAUCACUGAUAUCACAUCCCCAGAAUCACAGUACACAGGAUCACCAGUGUCUAGUUCUCCUGCGUCAUCUGUCACUGAUAUCACAUCUUCAGAAUCACAGUGCACAGGAUCACCUCUGUCUAGUUCUUCUGUGUCAUCUGUGACUGACAUAAAAUCUCCAGAAUCACAGUACACAGCAUCACCAAUGUCUAGUUCUCCUGUGUCAUCUAUCACUGAUAUCACAUCUCCAGAAUCACAGUUCACAGGAUCACCAGUGUCUAUUUCUUCUGUGACAUCUGUGACUGAUAUCACAUCUCCAGAAUCACAGGACACAGAAUCACCAGUGUCUAGUUCUCCUGUGUCAUCUGUCACUGAUAUCACAUCUCCAGAAUCACAUUUCACAGGAUCACCUCUGUCUAGUUCUUCUGUGACAUCUGUGACUGAUAUCACAUCUCCAGAAUCACAGUACACAGAAUCACCAGUGUCUAGUUCUCCUGUGUCAUCUGUCACUGAUAUCACAUCUCCAGAAUCACAGCACACAGGAUCACCGCUGUCUGAUUCUCCUGUACCAGAUGUGUCAGCUGCUUCGACUGUACUAACAUCAUCACGUCUGAGUCUCUUCUCCACAUCUCCUGUGUCACAACAAACAACCUCUGAGACAUCAUCUGUUUCUGUGUCCCCAAGUGACUCUGCUUCUACUGAGCUAUAUUCAGAUCAAACAUCUGACUCAUCUGAACAAACAUCAGAACCAACUUCACCAGAAUCAUGGCAUACAACACUCUCAUCAUCAUCAUCUACACCAAGUGGCCCAUCAUCACCUGGGGGUUCUUCUGUAUCAUCCGUAUCUUCUUCUGUGGCUUCUGCAUCUGCUCUGUCUCUUGAAACAAGUCAACCUCUUGUGUCAUCUGUUUCCUCUAUCACUUCUCCAAAAUCACAGUACACAGGAUCACCUCUGUCUAGUUCUCCUGUUUCAUCUUCGACUGAUAUCACAUCUCCAGAAUCACAGUACACAGAAUCCUCACCAACUAGUUCUCCUGUGUCAUCUGUGACCGAUACCACAUCUCCAGAAUCACAGUACACAGGAUCACCACUGUCUAGUUCACCUCUACCAACCGUGACUGAUCUCACAUCACCAGUGUCCCAGCAGACAGAGACAAUGACUGCAAGUGUUCCUGUACCAACAGUUACUGCUGCUUCUGGCGCAACUGUGCUAACAUCACCUAUGAGCCCCAUGUCCACAUCUGCAGUGUCACAGCAAACAACAUCUGAAACAUCGUCUGUUUCUGCGUCAUCAAGCGAUUAUGCUUCUACCGAGCUAUAUUCAUCUCAAACAGCCGUGACAUCUGACAUAUCUGAUCAAACAUCUCCAGAAUCACUGCCGUUCACCGACUUGUCAUUUGCGUCAAGCGCGUCUCCAUCAGCUGUGACAUCGCAAGAGUCACAACAGACUGAAUCGUUCACUUCUGGGUUUUCUGUCUCAACUGUGACAGCUGCUUCUAGGAUAACUCCGCUACCUAUGAGCCCCGUGUCUACAUCCCCCGUUUCUCGAUUGUCAUCGACACAUGCAGCGUCUGCGUCACCAGGUGCUUCUCUUUCCACGGAGAUAUUUUCACCUCAAACCUUCACGGCAUCCGAAUCGUCUGACCAAACUUUGGGACCAACUUCAUUCACUUCGACACAUCCAGAAUCGCGGCAAACAACACCGUCCUCCUCAGUACCCAGUGGCUCACCAUCGGCUCAAUAUUCCUCAAUGCCACCUGCAUCGGCUUCAUCAUCGGAAUCCAUGGCUUCUACAUCUGCUUCUUCACGCACAACAUCCACUUUUACGUCUGAGCAGUCAAGUCACCUCACGCGCACGGAGGAAGCGACUCCCUCUGAUUCUCUUGCAUCAACAUCUCCGAAAUCUCAAGAAACAACGCCACCGUUGGCAUCAUCAGCAUCGCCUAGUGCGGCUUCCUCAAGGCCGUCGCAGGCCGUCGCGUCUUCAGCUUCACUCCCGACCGCGACGUUCUCGUCCAUCCCCACGUUAACGACCGUCGCCUUGACCACAGCUGCCGAGUCUCGGGCCUCCGAAGCCCCGGCGACGCUGAACGAGACGAUGGUCGCCAGGGCGGCCCCCGAUCCUCGCUUCUCCGACUCCCCCGACGAGCAGACGUUCAGCCUCAGGUUCAAAGUUCUCAACAAGGAGUUUGUCCCGGAGCUUAGCGAUCGGAACUCGGGCGAGUUCCGACAACUAUCGAGCGAUUUGAAUCAGGAGGUGAAAUCCAUUUACAAAAGCGGUCCACUAUCGAAAUACUUCAAGCGGAGCAGGAUGCAUUCGUUCAGGGAAGGCUCGGUGGACUGCCACGGAACCCUGAAGUUUAAAAGGCCAAAAGACAAAGACAUCCUGGCAGAAGAAGUUCACGAGGAAUUCCUUGAUGGCACAAACGGAGGAAAUGAAUUGGGGGCAUUCGUUCUUGCCUGUGGCAGCAACUCUGUGGAUGACAUACAUCAGGAUGGUGACAAAUGUCAGCUCACGACACCGUACACAUACACGACCACCUCCUCCAGCGAAGCGAGUGAAUCCGAGCAAAGCCAUUCGCCUACCACCACUGCUGAUACCUCCACUCUGCUCGAGUCGGUACCAACGGGGAUGUCACGUAUCGCCCCUGUGACAACUGUGACGACUGUUUCCAAGACAUCCGCACCGACUGCGACUUUGACAUCACCAGUCAUCAUCGUCAUUGUCAUCGUCAGCUGAGACUGCUGAGUCUACAUC